AUGGCUGCAUUUCGAAUAUUGACAUAUGGUGUACUGGCAGACGCUACUGAUGAGUACAUCAAAAUAGGAGAAUCAACUGCCAUAGAAAGUGUGAAAAGAUUUUGUCGUGCUGUUGUUGAAGUAUUUGGAGGACAGUACCUACGAUCACCCAAUGCUAAUGAUGUUGCCAGGCUUCUUCAUAUUGGUGAGCAGCGUGGUUUUCCUGGUAUUACUCCCCCUGCUCGUUAUGUCAUUCAAGGAAAAGAGUACAACAUGAGUUACUAUUUAGCUGAUGGCAUAUACCCAAAAUGGUUAACACUUGUUCAAACAAUUCAAGAUCCACGCGGUACAAAGAAUAAGUUGUUUGCAAUGAAACAAGAGACAUGGAGAAAAGAUGUUGAGCGAGCAUUUGGAGUGCUCCAAUCACGCUUUGCAAUUAUUGCAGGACCUUCACAUUUUUGGUAG